CCAGCCCCGCUCCCGCUGUGCCCCGAGCCGCCCGCGGCUCUCCCCCACCGCCUCCCGGCGCCCCCGCCGGACUUUUCCCUCCUGCCGAGGAUGAGGCGGCCGACGCGGCGGCUGGCGCUGUCUCUGCUGGGGGUGCUCUGGCUCGCCGCCCUCCUCCUCUUCUUCGGGGCGCGGAGGAAGUUGGAGGCGGCGGAGCCCGAAGGACACACGGCGGAGGAGUCGAACACGGACUGGGACGACCUUUGGGAUCAGUUUGAAGAGCGGAGGUACCUGAGUGCCCGGAGGUGGAAGGGCGGCGAGGACCCGUACCGGCUCCAUGCCUUUAACCAGCGCGAGAGCGAGAGGAUCCCCAGUGACCGCGCUGUCCGCGACACCCGCCAUCACAGGUGUACAACUUUGCACUACAGCCAGGACCUCCCACCCACCAGCGUGGUCAUCACCUUCCACAACGAGGCCAGGUCCACCCUGCUAAGGACAAUUCGGAGUGUCCUGAACCGCACCCCAGUGCACCUCGUCCAUGAAAUCAUACUCGUGGAUGACUUCAGUGAUGACCCUGAUGACUGCCGCUUGCUGGGCCAGCUCCCCAAGGUGAAGUGCCUGCGGAACGGACGGCGGGAAGGUCUGAUCCGGUCCCGAAUCCGAGGGGCAGAUGUGGCAAAAGCAAGUGUCCUGACCUUCCUGGACAGUCACUGCGAGGUGAAUAAGGACUGGCUGCUCCCUCUGCUGCAGAGGAUCAAAGAGGAUCCCACCCGAGUGGUCAGUCCCAUUAUUGACAUCAUCAACCUGGACACUUUUGCCUAUGUGGCAGCUUCCUCAGACCUCAGAGGAGGUUUUGACUGGAGUCUGCAUUUCAAAUGGGAGCAGCUUUCCCCAGAGCAGAAAGCCAAACGACUUGAUCCCACCGAGCCUAUUAAGACACCCAUCAUUGCUGGGGGGCUGUUUGUGAUCGACAAGGCCUGGUUCAACCACCUGGGGAAGUACGACAGUGCCAUGGACAUCUGGGGUGGGGAGAACUUUGAAAUCUCUUUCCGUGUGUGGAUGUGUGGAGGGAGCCUGGAAAUCAUCCCCUGCAGCCGUGUUGGGCACGUCUUUCGGAAGAAACAUCCCUACGUCUUUCCAGAGGGAAAUGCCAAUACAUACAUUAAGAACACCAAGCGCACGGCAGAGGUGUGGAUGGAUGAGUUCAAGCAGUACUACUACGCUGCCCGACCUGCAGCCCAGGGGAGGCCUUUUGGCAAUGUCCAGAGCAGAGUGGAGCUACGGAAGAAGUUGAAAUGCCACAGCUUCAAGUGGUACCUGGAAAACGUUUAUCCCGAACUUCGGAUUCCCGAGGAAUCACUCUAUCAGACUGGGAUAAUCAGGCAAAGGAAGAGCUGCCUGGAGUCACACAAGUCUGAAGACCAAGAGCUCCCCAUCCUGAGCUUAAAUCCUUGUAACAGCAGCAAAGGCACAGUACCAAAGGCACAGGAAUGGACGUACACGUACAACCACCACGUCCGCCAGCAGCAGCUGUGUUUGUCUGUGUACACCCUCUUCCCUGGUUCCCAGGUGCUGCUGUCACCUUGUAAAGAAGGUGACAACAAGCAGCGCUGGGGCAAAGUCGGCUCGCACAUUGAGCACAUAGCUUCCCGCUUCUGCCUGGACACCGAGACCAUCGGGGACACGAACGAGAGCGUUAAAGAGCUCGUCAUCAACCCCUGUGAGAGCACGGCCAUGAGCCAGCGCUGGGACAUGGUGAUGUCGUGACCUGCGGGAGGACGUGCGCGGCGGGGACGCGCAGCGGGACGUGGUGACGCGCGGCUGAGACGCACCGGAUGGGGCUCAAAUCCAAACCUUUGGGGGUCCCUGUGUGCUCUGGGACAGGAGGAGAAUCAUUCAAAUAAAAACGGGACACGGCACUCCAGGUGGAACAGCGGAUGUUGACUCCUGGCAUGCAGCUGGUAUUGGCCUGUUGGUGGUCAAGGAGGAGGGAUGGCAGAAAAACAAGCUUGAAAUGUUUUAGAGGGGUACUGGGGGGUCCUGCAAUGGGCUGUAUGGAACUUCAGCUUGCACAGCAUUCAUUAAUCUCCCUGGAAACACAGGUAGAAGAGCCUUAAUUCCUAAAGAAGACAGGCUGAGUAAAACAAGCAUCUCAGUAGUUUUUGGGGGUUGAGGUGAGUGCACAAGGUGGGAUGUGCCAAGGGAUGCUAUGAAACGUCGCCAGGGAUCAAGCUGAAGACAGUGAAUUGUUUUUGCACUUUGCUGGGGAUGUUUCUGUCUUCUGCAGAGCAGUCCUUGAUAGCUGUGGCCAGGAUCAGAACAGCAAGUGAUGGGGGAAUCCUGCUCUGUGCUAACUGCGCACAGUGCUUGUUGAAUCUCCAAAGCCCAAGCAAACAGAGGAUUCACUGCAUGAGAUUAAAGGAUAUAAAUUUCUGUCAAGCUCGGAGGAAAGGCAGUAACGUGAUUAUUUCUCCUCUCUGAAGGCCAUGGAUCACUGAAAACUCCCCUAAAAUUUUGCUAUGUGUCUCUCACUGCUCUGCUUCAGAUCUGGACUAAUUCAAAUUUUCACUUUUCUUCCAUAAAAAUAAUAUUUUUGAUAAUUGAAGGUAAUUGUGUCAUAUUUCUGUUUCCCAAUUUCCAAACUACAGAUGAAGGGACUCCCAUAAAAUGCUGCUGCUGAUGGAAUGGUGAAGGUUUAAUUUUUAAUCAAAAUUAGAGACUGCUCCAAGAAAGGAAAAGGAAUAUUACCUGGUUUUGCUUCCCAGUUACCUUGUAGCCCACAAUGUAAAGUACUGAAGAAAAGGUUUGGGAUUCUCCAUUCACACCUGUGAGCAGGGCAGCCUGGGCCACAAUGUACCAAAGUCACUUAGCAUAACCAGACCCAGGCAGAAAUUAUUUCCUCAGUUUUUGGAGAGAAGUCUUUUACCAGAGAUCAUGUCAGGUGCUGCCACUGUGUGGGAGUGAGGAGAGUAGGACAGACCACCUCAGGAGGGGUCUUGGGAAUAGAAGACUGGAAGGUCCUUUCCAGCCUGUCACUACAGCCACAGGUAACAGCCCCUGCUUCACCAAGAGCUGUGCACACAGCUCUCGUGUAGUAACGACUCUCAGAGAGAACUUUCCUAGGACUGUCAAUGUGACUUGAAAAAAAAUACACCAUUUCUGUCUAAAAAUGCUGGGAUUUAGUGAAAGUCCUGUCCUUUGUUUCCUGUGCUGCAAACUGCAGGUGAAAUACCAUAAGCUUUAAGCCUUCAAGUGCUCUCAGCAUCCCUUCUUGAAUAAAUUGCUGGCUUUCAGGGUUUUACUGCCUCAGUUUCUCCUCCCUCAGUGCUGGGAGAAAGCCAUGUGUUUAAAUCUUCCUGGCUUUAGAAGCAGAGCCAGUAUAGCUCUUUAUGUGCAAAAGGUCGCAGUGCAAAAUGCUUUUCAUGUGCUGCAGUGAUUACUAACCUCAUCAAACUCCCUUGGUGCCAGCCUCAAGGGGUUCUGUUAUGAAAGGGCUGGAGCAAGCUGUCAUUUCAUGGUGGGAGGUGGCAUUGUUUCCGUGCCACCACUCUGUGCAGGGAACAAAGGGGAGCACUUCAAAUGGAAUGGACCCAUUUCACAAAGGAGGGCAGGGACCUUGGGCUUCUUUUUAAUUGAACAGGGACAUAUCACUUCUACUUUUCACAAUGGUGAUGACAGGCAAGGGGUAGUAAUUCCCUGUCUAGUGUUUACAAGGGAAGGCAGCUCCCAUGAGCUUGAAGCUUAACAUGUUCACACCUGUACUGUGCCCACAGCCUGGCACUGCCCAGCAGCUGGCAAUUCGAUUCUGAAAAUUCAAGUUGCUGAACAACUUGGCAUGGGUUUUGAAGUUCAGGACCUCAGACCUAUCUAGCUUUACUGUCUUCCACCAAAGCUGAAAAUCUCCGUUCUCCUGACAGCCAAAGCUCUCUCAACUGCUCUUAGCCUUAGCAGAAACAGCUACCUCACUGCAUAUGUGUGUGUGCUUGGGCACGUGGACCCACGGGACCUGCAGGGAUGUGUUCUAGGAAGGAGCUGUUUGAUCAGCUUUGCAGCUCUCUCGCCUUUUGGGAAACACAAAUGCCAUAGCAAACCCCUCCUAUUCCAAACAUGCUAAGUUGUCACUGUGAAUGUGUCUGGGAACAAUGGAAGGCAGGCAGUGGCAAGGGGGGCAUCAGGCAUGGUGUCUCCUUCCAGAGAGCAGCAGCCAGGUUCAGCUGAGUCUCUUGCAGGCCCAAAAGCCACCAUGUACCUCACAGACCUGGAACAGCAGCACUUGUCAAACUGGUGAUUGUGUCUCACAGAGCCAUCAGCUGUAACCCUUGGGCUACAGCUUAUUUCAUGGUCCAGGAAAUGAGAUUAUCCCUAUGGAUCAGCACUGUUUUCAGAGAAGCCUGAGAGUAUCAGCCUGACUCCUAGGGAGCUUUAUAUUAAGCUGGCAGUGGUCUGGCAGUCUCCAGAGUUAACCCCAAUAUGGCAUUUAGCAAAUCUGCUUUAACACCCUGCAAAGAGACCUUGCAUCGUGUCGGGGAAAAGGUUAACGUGCUGCUGAAAUUCAACUCGUACCUUCAGGUUUGUUUCAUUUAUUAAAAUACACUGAAAACAGA